UUUAAAACCAACAGGAAAUGCUUUUACAUCUCAGACACUGCUGCUUCUAACCCAAGAGGCAUGUAAAUGAGCAGUAAGUUGAAGGGUACAUGCGUGUUUCCUUCCUCUCCUGCGCUUACUCUAACUGACCGCAGCUCAGGCACAUUCAUGCGAUCCUGCGACUGCAGCAUCAGUUUGAAGCACCUGUGGCCAAGCAUGGGAUGCUGCGGCCUGAGCGCCGGGCAGGCGGGCUCUGCAGGGGCAGGGCAGGGUGAGCUGGAGCUCCUGGAGACAGGCAGGACCAGAAUGUGGUCCAACUCAGAAGGCCAGAGUCACGCAUCCCUCCAUCCUAGGGACCCUGCAAUCCCAGCAGAAACAGAAGAUCCAGACGUACUGUGGGGAAGAACACGGGAGGAACUAGCGAACUUGCUGAGCACACAGCCUGUCAGGGGCUGGGAAGGGAUGAGCAUUCGCUCUCUUGGGGAAAUUAUUUGGUCCUCCCUGGUUUUUCUGGGAACUUAUUACAUGGAGGAGAUGUGUGAAUGCUACCUUGUGCUGUCCUCCUUCCACUUGCUGAUUCUUUCAGUGGAUCGCAGAAAUAAGGCAUUUGUUUAUGAGGGUCUCCUUCCUCUUGCUGGGAUGCGUCUGAGAGAGAUUGCGAGUGCAAUCAGCCACACAUUUGAAAUUUCUGGGUCCAUGAUAGAAUCCAGGCUCGUUUGCUGCCAGAAUUCAGCUGACUUUGACAUGUGGGUUCAACAUCUCCAGCACCAAAUCAAGAUGGCAAACGCUCACUGCCCAGUCAGGCCCAACAAUAAUAUCUCUUUUCUGGUGCCAUGUGAUGAACAGUGGAAGAAAAGGGAGCUGGUGAGACAUCUGUGGUGUAACACCAUUCUGAAGUGGGAAGGAAAACCUAUUCAGCAUCUGGGAAGGAUCCAAUAUUUGACCAUGGUGCAAGUGACUAGUGGCUGCGUGGGGGCCCCUGAGGAAAGACUGCUGAUCCUGUUUCCAGAAGAUCUGCUUUUCCUCUCUGUGGAUAAGGACAGAACUGCAAUCACAUACAAGGGAAAACUCCCCCUAACUGGAAUCCAGGCAAAGGAGAAACCUGCUAUGCUGGGGAGGUUACAGUUUGAAAUUACAGGAAGGCUGACAGAACCAAUCCUUAUCACCUGUUCCACAGCAGAGGACUAUGAAAAAUGCCUCUUCUACCUACAGAAGCCACGGAAAAUCCUUGAUCCUCUGACUCUCCAGCCACCACCAAUCAUCCCUAAGAAAUCCCGGCAACAUCGGUAGGACGUUAGCCUGCAAUGACAAGGAGAAGAGAUGCUGAGUAUGAUCCUGACAGAAAGCGAAGAAGCUGCAAGAAUGAGUAAGAGUGAACUGGAAAUAGGAAACCAAGCUUCUUUCAGACUGAGAGGCCAAUAAAGGUCUGCACACGAACUGCUCUCCACUGGCCACUCUUCUGAACGGGCCAUUGCAAUCAGUGUCGGAUCUUGUAAUUCUGAUCUCAGCUGUACACAUGCCAUAAGGAGAAAUCUUUCUCCAUUUUCUUACUAUAUUUAUUGCCUGAUUCUUAUCAGAAAA